AUGGCAUGGCAACCCCUUCAGGGUCUUACCAGCUGGUCCUGGCAUCACCUUUGUGCUCCUCUUCUGGAGCAGCCGUGCUAUGGGAAUAAGAAGCUCAGGGGCUGGGGCCAGUUCCACACUCAAGAAGUUAUUCGUGUCGGCUCUACCGACUACAUCGAUGAGGACAAGGGCGGCUCGUAUGCUGCUUCGGUUGCGAUGGUUUUGGCCGAAAUCGAGAAACUGGAAAAGAAGAUACCUUCCGAGCGCGUGCUGAUCGGAGGUUUCUCUCAGGGUGCCGCCAUUGCCCUGCAAUGCGCUCUCCGACAUCCUCGUCCGUUGGCUGGCUGCGUGGCUAUCUCGGGAUGGCUGACGCCCACUGCACGCAAGAUCGUUUCUGAUGGAUGGAAGGGAUCAACAUCCUUCCUUCUCUGCCACGGAACGGCAGACGACAUGGUAGGCUUCGAUUGCGGGGAAGCUGCAGCACAGAUUCUGAGCAAGGCUCAGGCAUCCGUCGAAUUCAAGCAGUUUCCGGGCCUGAAGCACGAGUCCUGUCCUGCGCUCAUGGAUGCCGUGGCAGGCUUCAUGUGCAAGCAGUUAGGCCACGUCCUCAGUGAAAGCAUCGACUGGGAGAAAGGACUAGAUUCAGAGUCCGAAUCUGAGAUGAUGGUCUACUUCCCCAAAGGUGGGGUAGCCAGGCUAUCAGAACAGUUAGACCAGGGUGCGACUAUCAGCCAGACAGAGUUUCAGAACCUCAUGAAUCCAGACUCUUUGGCAGAUGGUGAUCUGAUGGUUCCUGCGAUCAUUUCCGAUCUCGACGCCUUGCUGAGUGCCGCCCCAGAGGAGGCUGCGAAGGCCGUCGUGGCGGCCACCAAAGAGCUUGCGUCCGAGGAUGGCCCCGGCGAGAUCACCGCACAGGAAUGGCGGGCUAUGCAGGAGGCACCCGCAGGCUCCGAGCAGGCAGAGGAGGAGGACUUGAGCGACGAUGACGACGAGGAGGGCGGUUCCCCGCCAGACGCCAACCAGGAGGGUGCAGAGGCUGCAGAACCUCCCGCUAAGCGUGCACGCGGUGAGAGCUGA